AUGUUGCAUACUAUUACCAGACGCUACCCUCAUCAAUCGUCGCCAUACACAAUUACGCCCAAUGUUAACAUUGUUUCACUUAUUUCGCCAGGUACCUGCAUUCAUCCAGAUAUAACCGAAAUGGCGGCUGAAACGGAACUAGCAAAACAGAGUUUAUUGAUAAACAAUAUACCAAAAAACUCUGUUGAUUCCGUUAUGCGGGUCUUAGUUAUUCGCAGGGGUUCAAUAAUACCUUACAAGAAUUCAAAGCAUGAAGGAACUUUCCGAACUAUAAUAUUAGUUGAUGAAGAGGGGACAAAGAUUCAAGCAACACUGUUUAAUAAGCAUAUCGAGACACGGAAGGACUCUUUGAAGCCAAAUAAGAGUUACUACAUCGCCAAAGGGCGCUUAGAUCACGUCAAUCCCAACUACUCUUCUGUCCACAAAGAAGUUGAAUUGGCCUUUACAGACAAUACAAUCAUACAAGAGACUAAGCAUGCGGUUUCAACUCACAAAUUCUCAGAUGGCUUUUUAUCAGUGGAACAUGCUGAUAAAUUACCUAAUGGUGCUAUUCUAGACUUGAUUUGCGUUUUAGUUUCGGUGAAUCUCCUCAUUCAAAAUGUUAAAUCCAAAAGACGGGAAAUAGUUGUUACAAAUCAGCUGCGUGAAAUCAUAAAGGCCGACAACAAAGAUCUUACAAUAACGCCUACUAAGGUAAUGAAAAGAGCCAUUGAAGUUCCAUUGGCCAAAAUUCUAGAUGGGUUUUUCACUGAUUCAGAGGAUUGUAUGUACAAGUUCAAAGCAACAAUUAAAGACAUACUCAAUAAAGAUGAGCCAUGGUAUUCGGCUUGCAAAAAGUGCCACAAAAAAGUGCAAUUUAUAGAAGACACUGCCGCUUGUAACAAUUGCAAUAGUGACAAUGUGGAAUAUGAAAUGCAGUUAUACUGUUUUUAA